AUGUCUUUAUCAGCAGAAGAGAAAAGACAAAUUUUGCGUGAGCGCAGACAGGCCAAAAUGGCCCAGGGCAAUGCCUCCAACCGUCUUAAUGAGAUUUUGUCGAAUGGUUCAUCGGUGAAAUCUGCCAAAGCAGUGUCAGUGUUGGAUAAAACUGUUCCAGCGUCUGAUUCCGUGGAUGCUACGGCCAAGGCAAGUGGUAAUACCUUCCAGCCAACUCCAAUUGCUUCUAUUGAUCCUGUGGAGUCCAAGCCCGUCACUCCGCUCCAUGGAGACCCCGAGGUGCCAGACAUUUCGAAGCUUUUACAUCAGAAUGAAGCUCCAGAGGAACAGGACAUGGAUGCCAUGUUCCAGAAGAUUUUUGCAUCGGCCGGCGUUAAUGCUGACGAUCCACAGAAUCCACAGGAUGCCAGCGCCAAGUUUUUUGCCGAUUUGAUGAAGGCCGUUUCGGACGAAGAUGGUCAAGGUGCCUCUGGUUUUGGUACCAAGGAGACGAAAGAAGAGACAACGUAUCAGCAGCAGAUGGCGCAGUACCAAUCAUACCAGCAAAGUGCAUGGAAGGCACGGUUCCUCCUUGUUCGUUUCUUGUUGCAUACGUUCAACUUCUUUUACCAUUAUAGACAAUAUGAAGCGUUCCAGGCAUCGUCGUACAGUUACAUCCGGUCUCAGCAGGUGGAUGGGCCAGUGCGUCAGUUUUUCACCUACUUUUUGUCGGUUGAAAUUGCGGUGAUCUCAAGUUAUUUCAUGGUGAUGUCCAAGAACGGUCUUCUCAGAGCGUUUUCCCGCAAUCAUGCCAUUCUGAAGGUGAUUUCGUUAGCUUCAGGUCUCUAUCCGCAAGCACGCCAGAUUCAGCCUUACGUAGACAAUGCAUUGGUGUACUGGAGCGGUUUCAGCAUUCUUUUGAGCGACAUUAUGCUUAUGGUGGUAUACUUUGGUAUAGUCAGCGUUUUGGCCAAGUAG